AUGCCAAGAAAUAACACUUUAAUCCUCCUCCUCGUGGUAUUCAUAUUAGCCUUUUGCCUUACUGGCAAUGGCGUAUAUGCCUUCGGGGCGGGGAAUAUCCCUUCUUUCGCGUAUAUGGAAGGCAGGGCAUUUCGUCACGGUGAUAUCGAAGAUAUUCUAUCCGAUCUUGUAAAGAAGGGAGGUGGAGGUUUCGCGUUAGGAGCGUUAAUAGGCAAAGGGGGAUCCAAGUUCAGUGGUUUGGAUGUUAAACGGGUCUACUUUGGUAAUUGGCUUCGAGAUUACAGUCAAGCCGUGGAUAUUGCUGGCUUGUCGAAGUUGCAGCUCCAGACAAUCAUCAAUCUGUGCAUGGCUCUCGGUUUCAUGGCCCACGGCUACGCGACUGGCGAAUUCGAGGUCACUGCCGAACGCCUUGGAUGCUACCUCCCAACUGAACACAUUGACAACCCAAAAGGCUACGGUGAUGGCCAAGACGCUCGACAAAUUCACCCGGGACUUCGUGGUCCAGUCGACCCUAUGGAACUGGAAAUCGAUCCCCGCACAGGCAUGAAGAACUAUAUCGCAAACGAAAAUGGUCGUUGGGACACGUCGAAAGCAUUGGUGAGGCGUACACUCGAAAAGUGUAUUCAUCUUGGAAGGCAGUAUCGAUCUCAAGGAAGGAAAGACGAUGAAUACGAAGCUUUUAGGUUGUUGGGUACAGCUCUCCAUACAUUGGAGGACUUUUCAGCACAUUCGAACUUCUGCGAGCUCGCGCUUGUUAGCAUGGGCCACCACCAGGUGUUCACCCAUGUCGGCGACCAAGUACGUGUACAAGCAUCCAAUGGUAAAUGGGUCGCUCCUCUCGUCACUGGCACCUUCGGCUCCAGCGAUUUCAUCCACUCGUUGUUAGGAGAGGCUACCGAUCAUCUUAGCGAAGCCUCCGUAUCAGAUCUCAACCGACAACUCGACACAGCCCGCUCCAAGUCGAUGUCUACCCGCGGACCUGGCGGCAGUGCCAACCCCGCAGACUCUCUUCGCAAUCUCCUCUUCUCCCUUCCAGGGGGUACUGGAGGGGAUAUGAGCAGAGACAUGGAAGGCAUCGAGCGAAUUCGGGCCGGUUCUGCGCCAGGUGGAGGGGGUAAGAGGCCGGAGGAUAUGAGCCCGCAAGAGUUGCAUGCGGUGCUGUGGCAGGUGCUGACGUUCAGAGAUGGUGUGGUGAAGAAUAUAUCGAAUACGAUCGAGAAAAUCCCGGGGCUGGGACCCCUCAUCGAGAAGUUGAUGGAUUCUAUCUCUGUCUUCGUAUUCACCACGUUGGAACCUUUCUUGAAGCCAAUCAUAAAAUCCGCAAGCAGUGGUUUGACCGCAGCCUCUAGUGAAGUAAUUGAUAACCAUGAUCAAUAUGAGGUAUUCAACGAUCCUCGUGCUUCGGAUCCUACCCACUCUUUCUUAAGCAAAGAUCACUUCAACCUCAUCCUUAAUGAACCAGCCGGCCGCAUUGCCCAGAUCAUUGUUAAAUAUGCCGUGACUGAAAUCAUCAAAGCUUGGGACGAUACAUCCGUAAACGUUCACAAUGUUACGGAAGACAUUCUCCAGUGCCUCUUUCACCCCGACUUCCACAAUUCCAACUCCAGAAUACAGCGCGAAAUGAUGCAAUGUAUGCAUGACUGGGUGAAAGGCCUAGGGGGCAAGCAGCAUCAGAUCAUCAGCCGUCUAGGCAAGAAUGAGGUCCGCAACCACCAGAACACGCGACUUGCUGGAGAAGGUGGUGCUCCUGAAGCCCAAGGUACCUACGCGCACGCUCAGGGUAUACAAGCCCAGAACGCGUUGCAAGGUUAUAUCGGUCAGAUCCCUGGUGUUUCACAGGUGCAGUCUAUAAUUGGCGGAGGUAGCGGUGUGAAGAGGGACGGCCCUGGCGGCGGUGGAUAUCCAGGUGCUGGUCACGGACCAAGUGGCGGACACGGCGCUGGGUAUUCGAGCCCUCCGCCCCCAAUGACUGGCCAAGCCGCGUCUUACUUCAAUGAUGCUCCAGCGUCGUCCUACCCAGGAGCCGGUUCGUAUGCGCCGCCAUCCGCCCCUCCACCAGGAGGUGCUUCCUCGUACGCGCCGCCCUCCGGACCCCCUCCACCCUCGGGCAAUAGGCCCCAACAACACUCAGGCUAUAAUCCCUCGUAUACAUCUCCUCCACCCUCUUUCCCGGGUGGACCCCCUUCUCACCAUGGCGGGCAUGGACAUCAUCAUGAACACGGUUCUGAUAGAGGCCCUUCAUUCCCUGGUGCGCCUUCACAUGGACCUCCAGGCGGGGGUCCUGGUUUCCCCUUGGCACCAACGUUCCCCGGUGCGGGAGAAGGACAUGGUGGGUAUUCCUCUUACGGUCAGCCAGGCGGGUUCCCUUCGCCUUCUGGACCACCUCCAGGUGGCUUAGGUGGUUUUGGUGAUCCAUACGCCCAGCCUCCUGGUGGAGGCAUGGGCUUCCCUGGCGCGGAACCAUUUGGCGCACCAGGAGGACCUCCCCCUCAAUUCCCUGGCGCUCCUCCACCCGGUGGGUACAGCUACGGAGCUGCGUACAGAGGCGGCGCUAGUGGAGGCGGCGGAUGGUGA